UUUUCGUUAUGUGUAAUAUCUUAAAAAUAUUCUCUGAAAAUUUCAAGUCGAUCCGAUAAUUAGUUUUUGAGUUAUUCGACAAAUAACAAAGAGAGCUCGGGUACUUCAAAGCGCUCGGGAGCAGAUAGCUAGCGGCAGCUUUAAGAAACCCCCUUUUAGGGUUCUAUUGUCAUCCAUGAACUAAAACUUUGGUGUAUGUAGUAGUACCUAAAUUUAUAAAUACCUAAAUAUAUAUAAUUACAAUUUCUAAAACUAAAUUACAAAACUAAACAAAAAGGUCUUGGUGGUAGAGGUAGGCUUACAGGAAAAGUAAUAGACAAAUUAACUGUGUACUAUGGUUUAUCAAUACGUCGUCAUUGCGAUUCUAUUGAAGAUAUGAAAUCUGCUAUUAUGGCAACUUUUUACCACUACGGUUCGACUGAUGAAAAUCCGAAUCAUGAUAUGUGUCCCAAAGGCGAAGAUUCUUGGUGCUCUUACCAGCGCGCUGAAGCAAGUGGAGAGCUUGAUACUUAUACUCAAGAUUAUUCUCCCUUACCUCCUGAUGUUUUAAAAGCUAUUAAACCGAUUUACGACGAUCUCAGUAAUGAUAAUUUACUUUCAAGAUGUGUAGGUGGAUUCAAUCAGAAUAAUAAUGAGAGCUUCAACCAACUAGUGUGGAAAAUAUGCCCAAAAACCGUGAAUACUAGUUCUAUUAUCGUACAAAUUGCUGCAUACAUAGCUACUUGUAUAUUUAAUGAAGUUACAAAUUCAUUAUUAAUGAUUAUGGAUACCUUAGGACUUAAUUGUGGGUCUAAUUCCCAUCGGUAUGCUGAAAAAUUGGAUGCUGCACGUGUGAAAGUGGCAGAUCAGCGCGCCAACGACAACACUCGGGAAGGCAGAAUGCUUCGUAGGCAACAGCAUAUUGAUGUUUUGGAAACUUCCACAAUGGCUGAAGAACUAUUAUAUGGCCCAGGAAUAGAUGACUCGAUAUGAAUCUCCAAGGACUUAUGAUUGUCACCGCAAGGACCUUUUUUUGGAACUGGGUCAACACAGACAGCUAUAACUUUGGAAAUAAAAUUUUUUUUUUUUUUGAAAUUUUCGUGACUUCAAGUCAAAACAUUGUAUAAUAAUGCCAUAUUACUACUUUUGUAAAAUAACAUGAUUUAAUAGCAAAAAAAAAAUACUGAAAAUUCUCAUUUUUUCGUGCCUCUGACUACCCCUAAUCC